CGUACAUUGAAAAAUGCACCAGCAAACCAAAAGCGGAAAAUACACACACACCUUAAUAUAGACAAGACAUUUACACUCCAACACAUACACACAGCAUGGCAAGCAUAGUUAUUAUUGGGAGCUCGCGUUCACUUUAGCUGUGCACACACACCCUCACGAGCUCUGGAAACAAAAGUUUAAUCCAACACCAGCCCAGUCUUCACAGCCACCACCGCCAUCAUGCCCGGGGAGGACAAACCCCCACAGACCCGCCAGAGGAAGAAGAACAAAAAGUCCCGCUCCAAGGGGAAGAGCCCGAGCACCGGUCCCGGUGUGGUGGGCUCCAUAGAGGACCAGGAUGACCUCCUCUUACCCCCAGUGGCCCCGCCUCCCCCUAAAAAGGAGGAUAAGCCCAAAGUGUCUGCGGCCAAAGUGGAGGAUGAGUCCUCCAUCGCUAUCUGCCUUCAGGUGCUGUUUCCCUACCUGCUGGCCGGGAUGGGCAUGGUGAUGGCCGGCCAGGUGCUGGACAAUGUUCAGCACUGGGAGGUGUUUAAGGUGAUAACGGAGGUGUUUAUCCUGGUGCCUGCGCUGGUUGGACUCAAAGGAAACCUGGAGAUGACCCUCGCUGCUCGCCUCUCCACUGCUGCCAACACAGGCCAGAUGGACGACCCUGGUAAACAAUGGACCAUGGUGUGCAGCAACCUGGCACUGAUACAGGUUCAGGCGACAGUGGUGGGUUUCCUGGCAGCAGUGGCAGCUAUUUGUUUAGGGUCCUUUUCUCGAGGGGGGAUUGAACUGGACCAGGCCGCUGUUCUCUGUGCCAGCAGCAUCAUCACUGCCUUUGUUGCUGCUCUUUCCUUAGGCCUGGUGAUGAUAGGAGUGAUCAUUGGCUCCAGGAAGGUAGGGAUCAACCCGGACAACGUGGCCACCCCCAUCGCUGCCAGUCUAGGGGAUUUAAUCACUCUGUCCCUGCUGGCCACCGUCAGCACCGUACUGUAUGAAUAUAUAGACGUGUGGUACCUGUCCCCCCUGGUGUGUGUGCUCUUCCUGGCUCUGAUCCCCCUGUGGGUGGUGUUGGCGCGGCGCAGCCCCCAGAUCAGCGAGGUGCUCCGCUCAGGGUGGCAGCCUGUUUUAGUCGCCAUGUCCAUUAGCAGUUUUGGAGGCCUUAUACUGGACAAGACAGUGAGUGAUCCAAACUUUAAAGGCAUGGCUGUCUUUACACCUGUUAUGAAUGGAGUGGGUGGUAACUUGGUGGCCAUCCAAGCCAGCAGGAUCUCAACGUACCUGCACUUCUGGAGCAUCCCGGGGGUGCUGCCCUACAAGAUGAGGCAGCACUGGCCCAAUCCCUGCAUCACCUUCUUCUCCUCAGGGGUGAACUCCAGGUCGGCGCGGGUGCUUCUGAUGCUGGUUGUCCCCGGUCACCUGGUCUUCCUCUAUGCCAUCUCUCUGCUGCAGGGAGAGGAGGCGCCUAUCAGCGUGGCCUUUGCCAUCUGCUACCUGUUUGCUGCUCUUCUGCAGGUGGCCAUCCUGCUUUACUUAGCCGACCUCAUCGUCCGUGUGAUGUGGAGACGGAGCCUGGACCCUGACAACUUCUCCAUCCCCUACCUGACCGCUGUGGGGGACCUGCUGGGCACCGGCUUCCUGGCCCUGUGCUUCCACAGCGUCUCGCUGGUUCAGAACCUGGGACUCUGAAGGUUUUUCCUUUUACUCAUGAACUCUUAGUCAGCCACCAUCUUGUUUCACCUGUUUCGUUACACAGAAAUGCUUGGAUUGGACAAUAAAGCAUUCUUCAAUGGUUAUCACUGGGACAAUCCAUA